UUAGGUCACGUUUCUUCGCUCAUUUGACUCUCGCUCAACCCCUCUCGGAGUUCUGCUCUUCUUGCGCUCGAUCUCGCCAAGGGCUGAGAUCCAACAUGCCGAGGCAGAUUAUGGAAAUUAAGGACUUCCUCCUUACCGCGAGGAGGAAGGACGCAAGAU